GCAGUUUGGAAAGCAUUUGUAGAUGAGAGACUCCAUCCAUCAUGGGAGGUUAUUCAUGAAAAGCAAAAAGAACGAACGAUGCAUUAUAAAUAUCAUCACAGAUUGUCUCGCAAAAGCUACAUUGGCUUAGAGGCUGAAUUGAGGGAGAAAAAAUUAAUUGCUGAAAAUGAGGAAGUUGAUAGAUCGUUGCUUUGGCGUAAAGCUCGUGAGGACAAAUCUGGCAACAUUACAAAUAUGGAGAUAGCAGAAGUUGCUGAAAAAAUUGAUGACUUAUUGGAAAAGAAGAUGAAAGGAGAGUUCAAACCUUCUGGGAUGAACGAUGUAUUAACCACUGCAUUAGGAAAUCAGGAACACUAUGGACGAGUUAGAGGUGUGGGAGGAUGCGUAAAACCCCAACUCUACUUUAAAACUGCAAGAAAGAAUAGGGAAUUAGUCCCAAAGGAUUUGAUCGAUAACUUCAAAGAACAAUCGGAGGAGAAUAAGAGCUUGAAGGUUGAAGUAGAGAGAUUGAAGGCUCAACUUGCUAAGGUCAUUAAUAAUCAAACUUGUGAGGUUGUGAUAUCGAAUAAGUCCUCAAACAUGAACGACCCAAAUUGGAGAGAUGAUGUGGAGGUUUAUGAAUGUGGCACUUCAAACUUGGAGGGAAAAAAAUGUAACUUGGCUGUGAAACAACGUGAAAAUGUGGUGGCGUAUGGCACAAUACUAUCAAAAGGAGGCCCAAAUAUAUUGAUUCAUCAUGUUGCACUUGGGGAAGGGAAUUUCAAGGUAUCUAUUGAUGUUGUCUUAGAUGAAGAAGCAGAACUUCCAAUCCCAAUUCGGUCUGGACCAACAAUCGUCAAUGAUGCUGUUGGAACAAUUGUUGCUUGGCCUAAAGAGUUGGUCAUUUUACCAACGAAGAAGAAGAAUAUGCAACAUCAAUCAUUUGCUCCUUCGGAUGUUCAUGGUGAUCAGGACAAGUACAAGGAAAUUGAAAAAACUUUGUCGAUGGCAUGCAAGUAUAUCUAUUCAUAUGUUAUCAGAUUGAUGCCUAAAGAUGAGAGCAUACACAUAGAAUUUGAUGAAGCUAUGUUUGGACGUCCUAAAGUGUAUGGUUGCUAA